AUGCUUGAAUCCACGGACGCCUCCGCCGAGCCGAAGCGUCCACACCAUGAAGACGACGGCGGUGAUGCGGGCGAUGACCGGCUGAGCGCGCUGCCGGACGACCUCCUCCACGCCAUUCUAUCGCACCUCAAGGCGCAGCAGACGGUGCAGACGUGCGUGCUGUCCACGAGGUGGCGGCACCUCUGGCGCGCCGUGCCGUGCCUCGACAUCGACCGUGCAGACGUGCGUGCUGUCCACGGUUUUGACGGCUUCACGGCCAACCUCCUGCGCCGCCAUGACUUCACGAGCCUGGAAGAUCUCCGGCUGCACGGGGCCACCGCUGUCGUCGGCGACCGUUGGCUCCGCGGCGACAUAGGUAGAGAUACAUGGCCUCACGGGCUCAAAAGGUUGCAUCUGUCCGGCCUGGAGUUGCAACUGAAUGAUCUUGCGAGCCACAUCAGCAGCUCCCGCUGCCCUGCUCUGGAGGACCUGCAACUGAACAUGUGCUUCCACUUGCUUACCAGCAAUGCUAAGAUCAUCUCCUCCUCCCUCAAGAAAUUGACCAUCGUCGAUGGCGAGCACACGGUGGAGGAUCAUGAAGUUUUCAAGUUGUUUAUAGAGGCCCCAGCUCUUGUUUCUCUUCGUCUGGCCGGCGAGGAGUUUGAGCACAUUCUUGACACCACUCAGCCACAUACCAUGCCGUCUCUUGUCGAUGCGUCCAUUCAUCUGCCCUGGAUUUACCAGAGUUACCAGAACAUCAAAGAACAACUCUAUAUUCUUGUCACCAUGUCUAAUGUGACAACCUUGCGCUUGUCGCAUUUUGCGGUCACGUUGUUGUUCCUUGGGAGUCAUGAGGAUCUUGCUGUAUUCAAGUUUGACAACCUGACAAGCUUUUCUCUUGACGGGUGCCGUAUCAACGACGACUUCCUCAGGCUGCACCAAUACCUGUACAACUCCCCUAACCUGCAGAAGCUCACUUUGCGCCAUUGCAAGUCUACAAAGGAGGUGAUGAAACGCCGCCAAUCAUAUUCUAAGGACCUGGCGCAUUUCAACUGCAACAACCUUAGGCUUACUGAAAUCAUACACCGAGAUGGUGAUGCUUCUGUCGAUCCGUUGGUCAAGUUUUUCAGGGGCAUGCGGAGGAAUCUGCCAAACAACAAGGUCAAACUCAUUUCGCUCAAGAGGAAGAAAAACAUAACCAAACUCACUAUGGCCGAUUAG